AUGAGCACUUGGGCGAACGACAUCGCGCUCGCGGCAUCAAAAGGCAUCGACGCAUUUGCGCUCAACGUCGGGAGCGACUCCUGGGAGCCCGGCCAGAUCGCAAACGCCUACGCCGCCGCCGGCCAGUACAACGCGAAGAUCAACACCACCGUCUCCACGAACUCUACGAACACCACCGCUUCGAUAAGUUCACCGUUCAAGCUGUUCCUCUCCUUCGACAUGUCGUCGCUGCCGUGCUCAGCCGCCGGGGACGUGCAGCCGCUGCAGACGUACAUCAAGACGUACGCGAACAACACGAGCCAGAUGACGUACAACGGGCGCAUGCUCGUGUCGACGUUCGCGGGCGAGUCGUGCACGUUCAAUAGCAGCAGCCUGAACGGCGCGUGGGUCAACGCGCUGAAGCCCGCGAACAGCUCACUGCCGGCCGUGUGGUUCGUGCCGUCGUUCUUCGUCGAUCCGCAGACGUUCAAGAACUUGACGGUCAUCGACGGGAUGUUCCACUGGAACUCGGCGUGGCCGAUGGGCAACAACAACAUCACCUUCGCGCCCGACGCCUCCUACAUCGCCAACCUCGGGAAUCGCACGUACAUGGCUGCUGCUUCGCCAUGGUUCUUCGCGCACUACGGCGUGAACACGUACAACAAGAACUUCAUCUACCGCGGCGACGACUGGCUCUUCGCGCAGCGCUGGGAGAUGCUCGUCCAGAACCGCACCAGCGUCGCGCUCGCCGAGGUCCUCACCUGGAACGACUUCGGCGAGUCGCACUACCUCGGGCCCAUCGAGGGCAUCCAGCCCAUGUCCCAGGGCUGGGUGAACGGCUAUGAUCACACAGGCUGGUUCGACCUCAUGAAGUACUACAUCGCCGCGUACAAGACCGGGACGUACCCCGCGAUCGCGAAGGACCGCGUCUUCCUCUGGGGCCGCCUCGCGCCCGCGAACGCGACGGCGCCCGCCGACUCCGUCGGCAAGCCCACCAAUUGGCAAUGGACGCAAGACUACCUGUGGGCGGUGGCGCUGCUCACCGCGCCCGCGAAUGUGACGCUCUCGUGCGGCAGCACGUCGCAGACGACGCUCGUGCCCGCGGGGCUCGCGAAGCUCAAGCUCAAGCUGUCCGCGAACUGCGCGGUGAAGGCGGUCGUCGCGCGCAGCGGGAAGACUGCGCUGAGCUUCGCGCCUGCGGGAUUCACAUUCAACACCCAUCCGUCAUCGUACAACUUCAACGCGUUUGUGGCAGCGUCGCCCGCGUGA